UGUCAUGGACAUGUAUGGUGACACCUUUAAACUUCAGGAUAUGUUGGAUUCAGACAUUCGAUCUGACUUGGAUGUUCUUCUAACUUGUAAUGGAGACUUGGAAGAUGAUCAGGAGGACCACCAACAUACAUUGACAGAUCUUGCUCCAGCUGUACCCUUAGAGUCUUUAGAUAUGGACAGUGCGGUAGGAGAAGUCGCAGCCUCCACAUGGUUAUCUCAGGGGUCUCAGCUUUUCAAUUUGGGAUCAGAUUUUGAUAUUCCUGGUGGAUUAUUGGUAAACCCCCAAACAGGAGUACCCAUCACCAUGCCUCAACCACCUACAGCAGUGCCAGCAAGAGCCAGUGAAAAUCAAACAUUUUGUACUUCUCAAAGAAUUGAUGGUUUACCUUCAGAGUCACAAUUAAUCACGUCCAGUUCAUCCCCCAGUCCUCAGCAUCUCAACCAUGCAGCUGUACAAAUUUCCCUUGAGCAGCCAUCUACUAUAACUGCAGUCAUAAGUAGUCCUAAGAGCAAACAGAAAUUCAGUAGUGGUAAGAACAGCAAGUCUGACCUCCAACAGAACAACAGGGAAAAGUCCUACCCUAAACCUGCUUUCUCUUACAGUUGUCUUAUAGCCAUGGCUCUUAAAAACAGCCGAACGGGAAGUCUCCCAGUGAAUGAAAUAUACAAUUUCAUGAUAGAAAAUUUUCCAUACUUUAAGACUGCUCCUCAUGGCUGGAAGAACUCUGUGAGGCAUAAUCUGUCUCUGAAUAAGUGGUUUGAGAAGAUUGAAAAACCAGUUAGCGGUGACAAAAACCAAAGAAAAGUUUGUCUGUGGGCCAUGAAUCCUGCCAAAAUCAACAAACUGGAUGAAGAGGUUCAAAAGUGGAGCAGAAAAGACCCUCUGGCAAUUCGUAGGAGUAUGGCAAAACCUGAGAGAUUGGAGCUCCUCGAGAAAGGACACCUAAAAGAUGUUUAUCCCAUAGAAGCACAAGAGUAUGGCACAACCAUUUGCCACCCCCUUGAGCAAUCCAUGGAUGUUACUAGUAAUUCUAAUGAAAUUCAAGAUAAUACAGUAACUACUGGUACACAGACAGAUCACUCUGGUGGUCAUUUGGCUCCUGUAGAGUGUCUUGACCCUUUAUUAUCAGAAGUUGACCUGCAGAAGGGAAUCUGGGAGAACCUUGGCGAGGACCGAAUGCAGCUUCUUGUGAACUCUCAGAAUGUUUCCCCACUAAUCUUUCACUCUACUGGUCAAACAGUUACACUUGGUACUGAUGAAUCAACAAUACCAGCCUUCAGCUGUACUGGGUAUAUUAUUACCCAGGCCAGUGGACCAGGCUCAUACAGUUUACAUUGUCCUUACCCUAAUGAGGAUAACCAGGAAACAACAGCUAUAACAAAUAAUAGAUGAAAGAAAGAAGAGCAUUCUGUAUGAGAGUAUGUUUUUUUGUACAAAAACAACUGUGCCUUAAAAUUUUGAAAGCAACAAAAAUUCUACCUGAUAGCUGGUUAAUGUUUUACCUACCAGUUAGUAAUUAACUAAACUUGAUAGACUGUAUCAAGCAUAAGUUAUUUUUUCAUCAAACAUAAAUUUAAACAUCAGACAAAAGAAUAUUAGCUCAGUUUAUGUUGUAGGUAAAAGAAGCCUUUAUUUAUUAAUACAAGAAUUUAAUUUUUCAUUAUAUAGCUGCAUUAAUUUGAUGAGAAUUUAAAAAAGAAAAAUGUUUAAUUCUUUAUAUGGCCAGUGUAGUUUGUAUAAUUUGUACAAAAAGACUGUUGCCAUAUAGCCUACCCAGCUAUUUUAGCUAUUAGAUGUAGCACACCAUUUAGUGCUCCUAGUCAGGGAUACAAACCAGUUACUAGCCUCAAAGGUGUGGUGUCACUGACUAUAAACUUCCUAGUACUAUUCCUCAUGCCCUUUGUCUCAUUGUCAUUGUUUCAUCUAUAUAUAUGUGUGCAUCAGAACAAUCCAGAUUUUGUAACUGAGCAAAAUGGACUAAGACGGAAAACAGGAGAAUGAAAGACAUAGCACUGUGGCAUUUUGUUAUGAGUAAACAUUAUAAUGGAAACAAACAGAUACACAAAUAGGUUAACCAACAGCUCAGUGACAUCUGAAAACAACAAAAGUUUUGUAUUUUUAAGGCUUGUAAAUAAGGUUUCAUUUUGAUAAUCUGAGAGUCAAAAAUAUGUAAUUGUUAUAUUUACUUAAUGAAAACCUUUGAAUUGAAGGUAAUUUCGGUUCAAAGAAUGCUGAUCUGUUUCUAUUAAAGUAAAAUCAUCCUCUUAUAAGAAAUAAAAUAAUAAGUAAUUUCAAUCUACUUUGCUUUGGGUAUGUGUGUGGCAAAAACAAAAAAAAAAGAUCAUGUAUAGGUUACAUAUUUCAAGUUAUGCUUUUGACUAGUUAUACAAAAAAGAAAAGAUACUUGUGCCAAAUUUGAAGCAUGUGGGAAGGUUUAAUAGCUCAUUCACCUAAGUUCUUAAGUUGGUACUUAAAAAAUAUGUUCUAACUGUACUGAGAAUUUACAAGUGAUCAUUGAGUAAUGAACACACUGAUGAUUGGUUUGUACUUCAUAGCAUAAAACUGUGAAUAUAUAUAUAAGACUAGGAUCAUUACACAGAGCUGUAAAGCAAAAUUUCAAUGGUAAGUGUUGGGGGAUUAUAUUGCUAAAUGUAGACACUGCUUAUCAAAGUACUUAAGAAUAUACAUCUGAAUAUAAUCUGAAUUUAGUGAACUAUUACAAUAUUAAAAAAAGGAACAGUAAAAUGUUCUGUUGUAAGCAAUGUGAUAAAACAGCUUUAACUGUACAAAUAAAAAAGGUAAAAUAUGUAAAUAAUGUGAUUUUGAUACAUUAAUUUACAAAAACGUUUUUUUUUUACUAUAACUGUUUGGAAAUACUGCCACAAUUUAGAGUUUGAAAUAAUAUCUAAACUAAUAAAUAAAAAAAGUUGUUGUUUUGUUUUGCUUUCAAUAGAACUUUAGUCAUACUUUCACUUUUAUUAAUAAAAACUCAGCAAUGAAAUAGUUAGUUUUUAGAAUUUUUGUGCUUUGACUAACAUGUCGUAAGCCUAUGUCUAUACAUUAUCUUACUUUUUGUUUGAAACACAGUAGUCUGCAUGUCAUUCAAUAUUCAUACAACAGGUUAAUUCUUUCAGUAUUAUAAAUUACAGUAAAAUAUUGAGUGUAUCUAUAACAUUGUGCAACAUUUUACUUUAUUACAAAGGCUAAUGAAUUUAUUACCUUCCAUAUUGCCUUUAACACUCAAAUUAUUCAUAUUAAUUGAGGUUGAUUUUCAUAUCAUAAAUCUGCCAAAUUUUAGUAAACUAGGGAAUUACACAAAUGUUUAGUAAUUUUUAAACACUGUUAAGCUUUUAAUGAUGAAAUAAUAUAAGUUUCAUAAUCGAAACAAACUGGACAUGUGUUUGGCAAAAACAAAAGACCAUAUAGAGGUGACAUAUAUCAGUAUUAAAAUAUUGCAUAUAUUUCUCUAAGACUGUAUGAGAGUCAAUAUGCUCAAAUUUCAUACAGUGAUUAAAUGAUUAUAAAACCUUAAAUGUCUCUUUCAAAAACGUUUAAUUAUAGAAAAAUUGACUGAUUCAGGUUUUUGCUACAACAUAUUUAUAAACUAUUAAAACCUUAUAUGCAUCACUUGAAAAACUGUGACUAUAGCUGCAUGGACCUGUUCUUAUUUCUUGCAAUAUAUAUAUAAUGAUUUUGUAAAGCUCUCAGUACUCUGUCAGCAGUUUGUUCAUAGAGGUUUUUCUCUAAAUUUUGUAUAAUUUCUUUAGAUUAAUUCUCAAUGUAUUAUUAAUGCUUUAUAGAACUUUUACUUGAACUUGAAGCCAACCAGCCUGUUCACUGUCCGUGUAUUAAAACCUACAUGUUCCUUUUCAUUUUUAUAACUUCAAGUACUAUCUGUAUAAAACAGGUUUUAUAUAUAUAUAUAUAUAAUCAUCCAUUUGUCUCAUUUUAUUGACAAUGAAAUUACUGCACUACUUUGUCAGUCUCUUUCAUGCCAUGUAUCUAGUUUCCCAGUAUUAAAGCAUGACUGGUUAAGAUCGCAACUGCUUUUCUCCACAGUUAUUCAAAUAUUUAAAAAAAUAUAUCAAGUUUAUUGAUUUUGUUUUAGUCAUGGAUGUCAUUUAAGUGCAGUUUUGUCACUUCACUACAAAAAACAUCAAAAUUCUGAUUCUGCUUUAAGAAAAAUGCUGAUUGUUGUGAAAAAAUAUAUUGUACAAAUUUUAAAGUACAAAGCAUUACUAGUUAGCAAUGUUAGUAUUUUAUACUUAAGGCUUCAUUCUUUUGCACAGAGAGAGCUGUUUAUUGAAUAAUAUAAAUGUUAUUAGUUUAUUUAAAAUAUCUGUAAAUAUACCAUAUACUUUCUUAAACUACUGAUUGACUUAGUUACCUGGAGUAAGGCCGUUAUUAAUGCACUGUUAACAGCAAAUUGACAAACAACUAUUGAUAAGCAUAAUUAAAUGGAUUUAUUCUGGGAAACAUACUACAUAUUUCAACAGAACAUUUACCUGUCUUUGUCAGGUAUAAUUUACAGCUAAGCAUACAACAUUUUUCUCCUACACCAACCCAAAAAAAGAGAGAGAGAGAGAUUGUUUAAAACAAUAGCAAUCAAAAGCAAGUGUUCUUUCACUAAACGUUGACAAUGGUCCUAUCAAUGUAAGUGGCAUUAGAUUAAGUUUAUUCAGCUAACCUCACUCAAACACACUUGGCCAACCUUAAUCUUGUCUUUAGCUGUAAUCCUGCUGCUAGGUGACAACAUUCCUUAACAUUAAACCGUUGCAUCUUUUGUUUUUGUACAUAAAUCCUGUAUGCUUAGCUGUAAAUCAUACCCGAAGAAGACAAACCAGUGUUUUGUUAAAACAUAUAGUAUGUUCCCCAAAAUAAAACCACUUCAUUAUGCCUAUAAAUUGUUUGUCAGGGUACUAUUAUAUUAGCAUAAUGAACUUCCAUACAGAAGUACUGCAUUUUUGCUUAAGUUUGUGCUUUCAAGAUUUAUUGAGUUACAGCCUUACAUUGGGUAUGGUCAUUGAUAACAGUUACACAACUAAAUUACAUUGUUACCUCCAGUAUGAUCACUGAUAACAGAAUUGAAGAAGCACGUCCAAUUAUUGCUUUCUGUAAGAUUACAAUUAAUAAAGUUAUAAAAAAUAUUUUGCAGUUUUACCUGCAUUUGAAUCAAAGUAAACAGAAUUACACAAAACAAUUUUAUCAACAGUAAGAUUGGUACAGUACACUACACUAUGACUUGCAAUAGAAAUGUUAAUAUAGUCAAAUUAUAGACAGUAAGACAGUACUGUAUAGCUUAAAAAUUUUUUACUGAUUAUUUUCAUAAUUGGAAGCUGUUGUUGUUCCAGUAAUCUUUGCAUUAAAUUUUAAGUACUAGAAAUUACGUUUGAUAAUUCCAGAUAUAUAGCUUUCUAAUAAUAUAUAUAUUUUCAUGAAAAUGCUAUAUUUUGUAAGUGAACCAGUGCCCAGGUGAAAUGUUGCACAUUGUACUUAAUGUUAUUGUAUAUGUAUUGUACAAAUAAAGCUGCUUGUCACAUCUGUGUGAAUAAAGGGAAGUUGAAUAAAA